GUCCACUGGACAUUAUUGGAGAUGUACUGCCGUGUUUGACAACAAGAAAGCUAUUCGUGGAGGAGUUCCUGUUGUCUUUCCAAAUUUUGGCCCAUGGCCCUUGGGUCCCCAGCAUGGAUUUGCAAGAAUCAAAAGAUGGACUUCAGCUAUACCACCUACUAAGGACCACAAUGGAGAUGUUAUUGCAAUCCUUGUUCUACAAGAUGAUGAAGAGACCAGAGCUAUGUGGAAUUACAAGUUCAAGCUGGUUUACACAGUCACACUGACAGCAACAUCCUUAUCUGCAACCCUGGUUGUCCACAAUACAGAUAAGAAAGCCUUGGGAUUCACAUGUCUCCUGCAUACUUACCUCAGAGUGGCUGACAUCAGAACAACCUCUGUGACAGGGUUGCAAGGCUUAGUUUAUAGUGACAAGUUGGCUGGUGGCAAAGAAAGUAGAGAGAACAGCGAACAUGUUACAGUUAACGAGUGCUGUGACAGGGUUUACAAAGAUGCACCAAAGACUUUAUACGUCACAAGUGGUCCUGAACCAGCAAGAACCUUUGAAGUAACUACGUUUAACUUUCCAGAUAUUGUUUUGUGGAACCCAUGGCAAGAAAAGGCCAAGGAAAUGGCUGAUUUUGAUGAUGAAGGUUACAAAGAAAUGAUUUGCGUAGAACCUGGAAAAGUCUCCAACCCAGUUACUUUAGAGGCUGGACAGCAGUUUGAGUGCAGUCAGACUCUCAGAUCAUUAUUGUAG